CUUGAGAGAGCCACAGCGCGCUGUUCUUCACUAGUCAUCACUCACACAAGACAGAAACAUGAUUAAGAAAAUGAGUCCAUCAGAGAACGAGUUUGACAUCCCGGCGAAAAACUGCUACCGGAUGGUCAUCCUCGGAUCCACUAAAGUCGGCAAGACGGCGAUAGUGUCUCGCUUCUUGAACGGACGCUUCGAGGAGCAGUACACGCCGACCAUAGAGGACUUCCACAGGAAACUCUACAGCAUUAAAGGAGAUGUAUAUCAACUGGACAUUUUGGAUACUUCAGGGAACCACCCGUUCCCAGCUAUGAGGAGGCUAUCCAUUCUCACAGGUGAUGUUUUCAUCCUGGUGUUCAGUCUGGACAACCGCGAGUCGUUUUGUGAGGUCCAGCGGCUCAAGCAGCAGAUCUACGAGACCAAGUCCUGCCUUAAAAACAAGACCAAAGAGAACGUGGACGUGCCCCUGGUCAUCUGCGGGAACAAGGGCGACCGCGAGUUCUACCGCGAGGUUCAGCGCGAGGAGAUCGAGCAGCUGAUCGCCGGCGACGAGCAGUGCGCGUACUUCGAGAUCUCCGCCAAGAGGAACACUAACGUGGACCAGAUGUUCCAGAGACUUUUCACUCUCGCCAAACUGCCCAACGAGAUGAGCCCUGACCUCCAUCGCAAGGUGUCCGUGCAGUACUGCGACAUUCUGCACAAGAAGUCCCUCAGAAACAAGAAGGUGAAGGACGGCGACGCGUACGGCAUCGUUGCGCCCUUUGCGCGCCGCCCGAGCGUGCACAGUGACUUGAUGUACAUCAAAGAGAAGGCGAUAGGAGGCGGCCAGGCGAAGGAAAAAGAGAGAUGCGUUAUCAGCUAAAACCCGAGC